UUUUAUUUCUCUGUCCUUAUUUGCGGUGGUGGAUCUUCAAGUUGACUGGAGUUGCCUUCAUUUCGGACACCUCUGGUUAAUGAUUGCAGCACUGGAGUUUGAGAGUAUAAAACAGGCAGCCAACCACUUCUCUCUCACAUCUUCUCUGUCUGACACCAUGUCGCUCUCUGGAAGGUACCAGCUGGAGUCUCAGGAGAACUUUGAGCCUUUCAUGAAGGCCAUUGGUCUCCCUGAUGAACUCAUCCAGAAAGGCAAAGACAUCAAGAGCAUAUCUGAGAUCGAGGAGACUGGUGACAACUUCAAAGUGACCGUCACCACCGGCUCAAAGGUCAUCGUCAACACCUUCACGAUAGGAAAGGAGGCAGAGCUGGAGACGGUCACCGGGGAGAAGGUCAAGGCGGUGGUUCAGCGUGAUGGCGCCAAGCUGAAGGUCUGCCUGAAGGGAAUUGAGUCUGUCACAGAACUGGUGGAUGGAAACACAAUUGUCAAUACUAUGACUCUUGGCAGCAUUGUGUACAAGAGGACGAGCAAACGCAUGUAAAUGUCUGCACUUGGGAUAAUAAAUGUUUAAAAAAGGCUCAAAUAUCUCGGUUUCUUUGGA